GUGUUCACCUCCACACCUGAGGUUUUGAGGACCGGACUGAACCUCUUCCUCACCUUUGCAAAGAGUGUUCCUCUUCGUCCAAAAUCUGAUAAAGCAGAUUUGCUAAUUCAUCAAAGUUCGCUUCGCCUGGAGAAUUUUCAUGGCACCCAUCAAGGGCAUUAUUUCUCUCCAAAGGAGCAUUUUUGCUCGGCAUCAUAGUGAGAGGUGGGGCCUAGGCAGUAGAUUAUUCAGCACUCAAGCAGCAGCAACUGCUACCACUCCACAGCCUCCACCACCUCCCCCACCUCCGGAGAAAACCCACUUCGGUGGCCUGAAGGAUGAAGAUCGUAUUUUCACGAAUGUGUAUGGGAUGCAUGACCCCUUUCUGAAAGGUGCCAUGAAACGAGGUGACUGGUAUAGAACUAAAGACCUUGUACUCAAAGGUGCUGAUUGGAUUGUCAAUGAGAUGAAGAAGUCUGGCCUUCGUGGACGUGGAGGAGCUGGUUUUCCAUCUGGCCUCAAAUGGUCCUUCAUGCCAAAGGUAUCUGAUGGCCGUCCUUCCUAUCUUGUUGUCAAUGCUGAUGAAAGUGAACCUGGAACCUGUAAGGAUAGGGAAAUUAUGCGGCAUGAUCCACACAAGCUAUUAGAGGGCUGCCUGAUUGCUGGGGUGGGAAUGAGGGCUAGCGCUGCAUAUAUCUACAUCAGGGGUGAAUAUGUGAAUGAACGAAAGAACCUUGAGAAAGCUAGGAAAGAAGCUUAUGAAGCUGGAUUCUUAGGGAAGAAUGCGUGUGGAUCUGGAUAUGAUUUUGAUUUACAUAUCCACUAUGGUGCUGGUGCUUAUAUUUGUGGUGAAGAGACUGCACUAUUGGAGAGCCUCGAGGGAAAACAAGGAAAGCCUAGAUUGAAGCCUCCUUUUCCAGCUAAUGCAGGGCUAUACGGUUGUCCUACGACUGUUACAAAUGUGGAAACAGUAGCUGUUUCUCCCACCAUUUUAAGGCGUGGCCCAGAGUGGUUUGCUAGCUUUGGCAGGAAAAACAAUUCGGGGACAAAAUUAUUUUGCAUAUCAGGUCAUGUGAACAAGCCUUGCACCGUUGAAGAGGAGAUGAGUAUACCUCUGAAGGAGUUGCUAGAGAGGCACUGUGGUGGUGUUAGAGGUGGAUGGGACAAUUUACUUGCAGUGAUUCCUGGGGGUUCAUCUGUUCCUUUACUUCCCAAGCACUUAUGUGAGGAUGUCCUAAUGGAUUUUGAUGCGCUCAAGGCUGUCCAAUCUGGAUUGGGGACUGCAGCUGUGAUUGUAAUGGACAAGUCAACUGACGUUGUGGAUGCAAUUGCAAGGCUUUCUUACUUCUACAAGCAUGAGAGUUGUGGUCAGUGUACACCUUGCAGAGAAGGUACAGGAUGGCUUUGGAUGAUCAUGGAAAGAUUGAAGGUUGGGGAUGCAAAAUUGGAGGAAAUCGACAUGCUUCAGGAGGUGACAAAGCAGAUUGAAGGGCACACAAUCUGUGCGUUGGGUGAUGCUGCUGCUUGGCCUGUCCAGGGUCUUAUCAGGCACUUUAGACCGGAGCUUGAGAGGAGAAUAAGGGAACGUGCAGAGAGGGAGUUACAAGAGGCUGCUGCGGCUUGAAUCUUCUACUCAGGGACAAGACUUUGCUGCUGGAUACAAUGAAAUAAACAUGUAGAAAGUACUCAAACAAUCCGAGAUGAGAGAUGAUUUGGGAUGCUGGCUGUUCUAAUGAGCAGCAUCUUUAUUUUAUAUGCUUGUUCCCAUUGUGACUAUAAUGGAGAUGCUAUUAUACCACCUUCAUGUCUGACCAGAGCAAUUCAUGUUGUUUCAUGUAUUUGGGGACAUAAAGUUUAUCUGUUUUGUAUUUUGGAAAUUCAAGGAACCCUGAUUUGUCAAUAAAAGCAGAACUCAUGGAUUUGGACGAAAUUUUCGUGC